UGUGUGUGUGUGUGUGAGAGAGAGAGAGAGAGAGAGAGAGAGAGAGCCUGGCUAACAAAGAUAAGGGACAUUCUCGGGAGGAUCCCGGUGUCACUGGUCGACAGAGACGGGCGGAGGACACGCAGGACACGCAGGACACACAGGACAGCCGGUGUCAGUGUGACAGGAUUAUAAACGUGAAUGACUCAGCAGCGUUUAUGCUCCACAGUUGACGGAGGACAGCGGCGGCGGCGGCGGCGGCGGCGUUUACCGUUCCACACAGGACUACAACACAAAGAAGAGGAAACAUCGAAACUGGCACUGAGGAUUUCUAUGAACAUGUAAAGCGUGUGUGGACUGAGGACAUUUCAAAGUGGAGACGACAGAAGAGACGGAGACACGCGCGCGCGCGGCACAGUGAAAGCUCCUCAUCUCAGUCAAUGUAAACAAACAGCUAUUCAAGCUAGCCCAAGUUAGCCGAUACUCGGGUUAGCUUUCCACUGCUAGUCCGUGCAGCUAGCGUCAACUAGUGGGUCAAAGCGAACGUAAACCCGACUGAAGUGUCAAUAUUUCGACUUGAAGUCGACAUUUAAAUCAAAUAUAGCACAGUUGAGCGAAUGACAGCUAUAUUUACUCCAUAAGUAUGCAGCUAGCCUCCAUGCUAACAUCGGCUAAAUGUGAUUUGCGUUAGCAUUUACAACCUAAUAACAUCACAAGAAGCAGGAUUCGCGUGAGUUGAACGUGGAUGAUGUUCGUGAAUAGCGACACAGUGUGUCUUUGUCCCACUUGAAGGGUCGGCGUAAAUGCAACAAUAGAGACAUCAUCUUGUCUCCAGCGUUAGAGCAGCUGAUUGGCUGAACAUAUGAGGACGUAGGGAUGAAGGAAAACAACUUCUUCUUGUUCUUUCUUGAAGAAGUGAUCGCAUCGCGGUAAAGUCUCUCAGCCUCGGUGUGUGUUGUUGUCCGUUCUCCUCUCAGCAUCUUCACUACACACAGCCACCACAGCUCAGUAUGGACUGGUUUGUUUCAUUGAUCUAGUUACUAGUUUAGUUUGACUUGAGUGUAGGGGGAGCCCAUCUGUUCCAGUCGUUUAUGGACACUUGUUCAAUUUAGAAUAGUUGUGAACAGUUUCCACCUUGUCAGGGUUUGUAUGGGAUUGUCUGUGUUGGAGUUCCCGGUUGUAAAUCACUCAGUCAGUCAAUAAGAACGGCUCUCAGCUGUGUUUUGGUUGCUCCCCUCCCCCAGUCCACAAGUCUUCUUUUCAAGAGUCCCUCGAUCCUCUGUCGACUGUUUGGACGACAAUAACAGGGGUGGGUUUUUUUUUAUCGUGGGCCCUCGAGCAGCUCAACAUUGGAUGUAAUGGAACUGAUGUUCGCCGAGUGGGAGGACGGGGAGAGGUUCUCAUUCGAAGACUCGGACCGGUUCGAGGAAGACUCUCUGUGCUCCUUCAUCUCAGAGGCCGAGAGCCUCUGUCAGAACUGGAGAGGAUGGAGGAAGCAGUCUGCUGGACCCAACUCACCCACUGUCAAAAUUAAAGAUGGUCAGGUCAUUCCCUUGGUGGAGUUGUCAGCUAAACAGGUGGCGUUCCACAUACCAUUCGAGGUGGUGGAGAAAGUCUAUCCCCCAGUCCCUGAACAACUCCAGCUACGCAUCGCCUACUGGAGUUUCCCUGAAAAUGAGGAAGACAUCAGGUUAUAUUCCUGCCUGGCCAAUGGGAGUCCAGAUGAAUUUCAACGUGGAGAGCAAUUGUACAGGAUCAGAGCUGUCAAAGACCCGCUUCAGAUCGGUUUCCACCUCAGUGCCACAGUGGUGACCAGUCAGGCCGGUCAGUCUAAAGGAGCCUACAACGUGGCUGUUAUGUUUGACCGCUGCCGCAUCACUUCCUGUAGUUGCACAUGUGGUGCAGGAGCCAAAUGGUGUGCCCACGUUGUAGCGCUGUGUCUCUUCAGGAUCCACAAUGCAUCAGCAGUGUGUCUUAGGGCUCCAGUCUCUGAGUCUUUAUCCAGACUGCAGAGGGACCAGCUCCAGAAGUUUGCCCAGUACCUCAUCAGUGAACUGCCUCAGCAGAUCCUGCCCACCGCUCAGCGGUUGCUGGAUGAGCUGUUGUCUUCUCAGUCCACUGCCAUCAACACUGUGUGUGGAGCUCCAGACCCCACCGCAGGCCCUUCAGCUUCUGACCAGAGCACUUGGUAUUUGGAUGAGUCGACUCUCAGUGACAACAUCAAAAAGACUCUACACAAGUUCUGUGGGCCGUCACCUGUUGUCUUCAGUGAUGUAAACUCCAUGUACCUGUCGUCCACGGAGCCGCCCGCGGCUGCCGAGUGGGCGUGUCUGCUGCGACCACUGAGGGGCCGUGAGCCAGAAGGCAUCUGGAACCUUUUGUCCAUCGUCAGGGAGAUGUUUAAGAGACGAGACAGCAACGCUGCACCGCUUCUGGAGAUCCUCACAGAGCAGUGUCUCACCUAUGAACAGAUCAUCAGCUGGUGGUACAGUGUCCGGACGUCAGCCUCCCACAGCAGUGCCAGCGGCCACACUGGACGCAGCAACGGCCAGUCAGAGGUGGCGGCUCAUGCCUGUGCCAGCAUGUGUGAUGAGAUGGUGGUGCUCUGGAGGCUGGCGGUGCUCGACCCGACCAUGAGCCCCUGCAGGCGUCUGGAGCUGGCUGUCCAGUUGAAGCAGUGGCAUCUCAAAGUCAUUGAAAUCGUGAAGCGGGGGCAACAUCGGAAAUCCUUGGAUAAACUGUUCCAGGGCUUCAAGCCUGCGGUCGAGUCCUGCUAUUUCAACUGGGAGGUUGCCUACCCACUGGAAGGCAUCACCUACUGUAGUGCCGAUAAGAAGAGCGCCAACUUCUGCUGGUCCAGAGCAGUGCAACAUCAACGAGGAGUCAAAGCUGCCGCAGGGGGGGGUGGAGACGCUGAGUCAGGGGGAGUAGGGAGAGCUGAAGGUGGAGAUUUUAAAGGAAGAGGCAGCAGUCACUUGUCCCAACAGGAGGUGGCAGUGCGACCCAAGGAGACCAUUCUGACCAAGAGGAAGGGGCUGUCUGUGAGCGGCGGCGGGGGGAUGCUGGUCCGUCUUGGGGGCAGCGUCUCUCUGUCCCUGGACGAUGGAGGUGUGAAGUGCAUGUACAAAGGGCCAGGCUCCUCCUCUGGAGGAAAGCUGAAACUGACUCCUGGAGGUAUAAAGGGUGCAUCUGUUGGAGGUGCUGCAGGAAGUGGAGGGUUAGGAGGCGGUAAGCACGCCAGCGUCAAGCGGAGAACCAGCAGUGAGGAUAGCUCCCUGGAGCCAGACAUGGCUGAGCUCAGUCUGGAUGAUGGCUGCAAUCUGGCUCUGGGCGCUGAGGCCAGCAACACUUUUGAGUUCCUCCCUCCGCCACCAGAGAUGGUGCCGUCUCCGAGCCCCCUGCUUCGAGACUCUCGCAAGUACAACAGCAGCAGCACGGGAGGCAAGAUCUUUGAUACCAAGUGCAUCGGCCUUACUGUGGCUGUACUUCCUGCUCCAGAGCCCACUCACCCCUGCUUCCCCUCCAAAGAGACGGUGGCAGGUGUUACGGACACGCCCAGUGCUGCAGAGAAGCAGGCGGAGGCGGAGGUGGAGUCUGUCCAGAACAAAGACGAAGAUGUGGACUCAGCUGACAGUAACCAUCCAUCUACCUCCAGCACAACAGCAAGAACAGGCACCGCUCCCGCAUCUGCAAAGGCACCGCACAGCCACAGAGAGGUGGUGGCUGCAGGAGCUCCAGGAGCUCCAGGAGCUCCAGGAGCUCCAGGAGCUGCAGGAGCUGCAGGAGCUGCAGGAGCUGCAGGAGCAGCGGCUGCAGGUAGACCAGCUGGAGGAGAAGCUGUGGGUGAGGACGACUAUCAAGCGUACUACCUGAGCGCUGCCUCAGAGGAGGGAGCAGAGCGUCAGCUGACUGACAACCAUCAGGAGGAGGAGCCAGACAUCUUUGCAGGAAUCAAACCUCUGGAGCAGGAAGGACGCAUGGAGGUUCUGUUUGCGUGUGCAGAGGCUCUUCACGCCCAUGGUUACAGUAACGAGGCGUGCCGGCUGGCCGUGGAGCUGGCCACUGACCUGUUGGCUAACCCUCCAGACCUGAAGGUGGAGCAGCCGCAGACCAAGGGGAAGAAGAGCAAGGUGUCGACCAGCCGUCAGACACAGGUGGCGACUAACACGCUGUCCAAAGCUGCUUUCCUCCUCACUGUCCUCAGUGAGAGACUGGAGCUGCACAACCUGGCCUUCAGCACCGGCAUGUUCUCUCUGGAACUCCAGAGACCACCGGCAUCCACCAAAGCUCUGGAGGUGAAGCUGGCCUAUCAGGAGUCAGAGGUGGUGUCUCUGUUGAAGAAGAUCCCUCUGGGUCUGGUGGAGAUGUCGGCCAUCAGAGAGAGAGCUGAGCAGCUGAGAGACGGAAACUUCUGUGAUUACAGACCGGUGCUGCCGCUCAUGUUGGCCAGCUUCAUCUUUGAUGUCCUGUGUACUCCAGUUUGUGCAGUGGUGUCCCCAACAGGGUCCCGUCCACCGAGCCGUAACCGCAACAACGAGAUGCCCGGUGAUGAAGAGCUGGGCUUCGAGGCAGCUGUUGCUGCAUUAGGCAUGAAGACGACGGUCAGCGAGGCAGAACAUCCUCUUCUCUGUGAGGGAACCAGGCGUGUGAAGGGUGACCUCGCUCUGGCCCUCAUGAUCACGUAUAAGGACGACCAGAGCAAGCUGAAGAAGAUACUUGAUAAGUUGUUGGACAGGGAGAGUCAGACCCACAAGCCUCAGACUCUUAGCUCCUUCUACUCCAGUAAGCCAGCAGCCGGCAGCCAGCGCAGCCCAUCCAAGCACACUGUCUCUGGCCACAGCGGGGUGGGCGGAGCUACAGGGGGAGUCUCCAAACACGCACCUUCAUCUUCCUCUUCAGUGCCCACUGUGACAGCCUCUUCCUCUGCUGUGACACUGGCUGCAGAAGAGGUCGCUCAUCAGGCCGAACUACAGCCAGUGCAAAGCAGCACAGCAGGGGAGAGCACUGCUGAGACCAGGGAGCAUGUAUCAGACGGGCCUCCCUCAUCCAGUGACCAGCAGAAUGAGACGGCUCCAUUUAAGCUGGAGGUCACUGUUCCCAGUCGACUAGCAUUGGGCGCACGCUGUGGUUACAGCCAACGCUGCUGGGGCUCACCUGUGCGACAGAAGAAGAAACACACUGGCAUGGCAAGUAUCGACAGCAGUGCUCCAGAAACCACCUCAGACAGUUCCCCCACCCUCAGCCGCCGCCCACUCCGGGGCGGCUGGGCCGCAGCAUCGUGGGGGCGGGGCCAGGACAGUGACAGCAUCAGCAGUUCAUCAUCAGAUUCGUUGGGCUCCUCCUCCUCCAGCGGCUCUCGUAGGGCAGGGGGCGGGGCCAGAGCGAAGAGCAAUGACACCAGCAGGUACAAAGGGCGGCGCCCAGAGUGCCACGCCCCCCACGUACCCAAUCAGCCGUCAGAGGCCGCAGCACAUUUUUACUUUGAGCUGGCCAAGACGGUGCUAAUCAAAGCUGGAGGAAACUCGUCCACCUCCAUUUUCACUCAGCCCUCAGCCAGUGGGGGCCACCAGGGGCCCCACAGGAACCUGCACCUGUGCGCCUUUGAAAUCGGCCUGUACGCCCUUGGACUACACAACUUUGUCUCUCCCAACUGGCUCUCCAGGACCUACUCCUCUCAUGUGUCCUGGAUCACUGGCCAGGCCAUGGAGAUUGGCAGUGCUGCUCUGAACAUCUUGGUUGAGUGCUGGGACGGUCACCUGACUCCUCCAGAGGUGGCGUCCUUAGCAGACCGAGCGUCGCGGGCCAGAGACCUUAACAUGGUGCGGGCGGCAGCAGAGCUGGCCCUGAGCUGUCUGCCCCACGCUCAUGCUCUGAAUCCUAAUGAGAUCCAGAGAGCACUGGUGCAGUGUAAAGAGCAGGACAACGUGAUGCUGGAGAAGGCCUGCAUGGCAGUAGAGGAAGCAGCUAAAGGAGGGGGCGUGUAUCCUGAGGUUCUGUUUGAAGUGGCUCAUCAGUGGUACUGGCUGUACGAGCAGUCUGUGGGCGGGGGCUCGGCCCAGCAGAGGGAGACGUCUGGACGCUGCGGGGCCAACGGGGGUUCUGGCAGGAGAUCGCAGGAAUCCACCUGCGUGGUGCUGGACGGCGGGGUCAACAUGGAGUCUCAGGGGACGGCGACGGUCACGGCCUCGGUCACUGCAGCGGCUGUGGUGCCCGUCAUCUCCGUGGGCUCCACCAUCUACCAGUCCCACGCCAUCGCAGGCCAGGCCAUGGCUCACCCUCACACCCAGGGCCUCCACCCCUACACCACCAUACAGGCCCACCUCCCCACUGUGUGCACCCCACAGUACCUGGGACACCCUCUGCAGCAUGUCCCCCGCCCCACUGUCUUUCCUGUGACUGGAGCUGCUUAUCCACAGGGAAUGCACCCAGCGUUUAUUGGGGCUCAGUUCCCGUUCUCCGUGGCCACUGGCCCACAGCCACCCAUGGCAGCCACAGCUGUGACCUUCCCUGGUGUCCCCGUCCCAUCCAUGACUCAAAUAGCCGUCCAUCCCUACCACACUGAGAGCGGCCUGCCGCUCAGCACCACUGUAGCAGUCGGCAGCGUCCAUGCGGGCCAGACCAUCCAGACCAUUCAGGGAGCGUCCAUGCCGUCCCUCUCCUCACAGCCCGGCUCCAUGGUCAGCACUCACACUUUCCUGGCAGAGGACGAGCAGCACAGUCAGCCGAUCAGCCAGCAGGGGCUGCACCACCUGCACUCGGCCUACAGAGUUGGCAUGCUGGCAUUAGAGAUGCUGGGUAGAAGAGCUCACAACGACCAUCCUAACAACUUCUCCAGGAGUCCUCCUUACACUGAAGAUGUGAAGUGGCUGCUGGGACUGGCCGCUCGCCUCGGAGUCAACUAUGUGUACCAGUUCUGUGUAGGAGCAGCAAAAGGUGUCCUCAGUCCGUUUGUCCUGCAGGAGAUCAUCAUGGAAGCUCUGCAGAGGCUAAACCCCGCCCACAUCCACGCCCACCUCCGGACACCUGCUUUCCAUCAGCUUGUCCAGCGCUGCCAACAGGCUUACCUGCAGUACAUCCACCACCGGCUCAUCCACCUGACACCUGCAGACUAUGACGACUUUGUCAACAUCAUCCGCAGCGCGAGAGGAGCGUUCUGUCUGACGCCUGUGGGCGUGAUGCAGUUUAACGACGUGCUGCAGAACCUGAAGAGAGGCAAACAGACCAAGGAGCUGUGGCAGCGCAUUUCCCUGGAAAUGGCAACCUUCUCACCCUGAUCCUGGUCCUGAUCCUGGUCCUGGUCCUGGUCCUGAGGCUGAGGCUCAGGCUGCCUCCAACACUGCUACUGCCACUACAUCUGCUGCUGUGUGGUUUCCCUGCAACACAACACAGCACAGAGACAGGACAAUCACCACAGAGACUUUUUAUAAACCUGCUCUCUUCUUCUUUUUCUUCUUCUUCUCUUUUCCACUGACUCCUCCUCACUUGUUCUUUUUUCUUGGUUCAUGUUGGUGUAACUGUGGAAAUUAAAAAGUGUACUCCUUC